ACAGAAGACGUGCUCUGAAUAGUCAUUUUAUCGUAUAACUUUAUAAUUUGAUAACAUAUUUGAUAUGACAUGCACGAUCACGAAAAUAACACAUUCUUUAUUUGUCUCCGUGACUAGAUUGUGUCCCACUAAGUGACUUUUCUAGAUCAUGGCAUCAGAACAAUAUGCAGAUGAUGAAGAGGCAUUAGAAGACUUUGAUGAUGAUGAACUGGAUGAUGCCUGGAUAGAGACGGACGAAAUAGACACACCACCAACUCGCUGCUUGUUUUGUGAGAAAACCUUCCCCACACCUGAUGACGUGUUCUCACACUGUGAGAUAGAACAUGAUUUUAGACUCCUCAAAGUGUGUGAGAAAUGGAAACUGGACUGCUUUGGGUUCAUUAAAAUGGUCAACUUUAUUCGAAGUCAGGGCCUGUCUGCUGCCAGUUUUAAGGACCUACAGACCACUGCUUCCCCUCCGUGGAGCUCUGAUGAGUUCAUGAAGCCUUAUGACCCUGAAGACCCUAUGUUACAGUAUGACAUUGACGACCUAGAAGAUUCUACCACUGAAUCACAACUAGGUAUAACCACUGAUCUAAAUGGGUGUCAUCCCACAUUAGAAGGUGACCUAAUUACCAUGACAAUGCAAGACCACAGGGCUUUCUUUGAGAGACUGCGUGUAGCUGAAGAGGCGUCACAAAGAGCAGAGGAAAACCUUCAAAGAGUUCUGGAGGAUAUGGAGAAUAUUCGAGUCAGGACAAGGGAGCUGAUGUUACAUCAGUCUACAGGGGACAGUGAGUGCAGUAGUAGGGGUCACACCGGGGGUCACCUUGACAACGCAGGAGAGGAUGCACUAGAAGAUGAUGAUCCUUACUUCACCUCAUACGGACAUUUCAGUAUACAUGAGGAAAUGCUCAAAGACAGAGUUCGGACAGAGAGCUAUCGUGACUUCAUAUACGGCAACCCAGUUGUGUUCAAGGACAAGGUGGUGCUAGAUGUGGGGUGUGGCACUGGGAUUCUCUCCAUGUUUGCGGCGCAGGCUGGCGCGCACCACGUGUACGCCGUCGACAUGGCAGACAUUAUCUACCAGGCCAUGGAUAUAGCCAGAGAAAAUAAAUUGGAUGACAAAAUAACAUUUAUCAAGGGAAAACUGGAGGAUAUAACCUUACCUGUGGAAAAGGUAGACAUUAUCAUCUCUGAGUGGAUGGGAUACUUCCUACUGUUUGAGUCCAUGUUGGACUCGGUGCUGUUUGCACGCGCCAAAUAUCUGAAGCAUGAUGGUGUAGUGUAUCCGGACCAGUGUACAAUCAGCCUCUCCGCCAUCAGUGACCCUGACAUGCACAUGGCCCAUGUGACAUACUGGGAGGAUGUAUACGGGUUCCAGAUGUCGUGUAUGAAGACGUGCGUGGUGAGAGAGGCCAGCGUGGAAGUUGUGAAGCAAGAAAGGGUCGUCACAGAUACCUGUGUGAUUAAGGACCUGGAUGUGUGCAACUGUGGGAUUGCAGACCUUCAGUUCACUGCCAACUUCUGUCUGACUGUAACCAGGGAUACAACAAUCACCGCCUUCAUUGGAUACUUUGAUGUUUUUUUCCACAAAUCAGCUGAACAGAAAGUGGAGUUUUCAACGGGCCCACAUGCGACCCCUACACACUGGAAACAGACUGUGUUCCUUCUAGAUCAGCCCUUGCAGUGUUCAAAAGGAGACACCAUAGAGGGAGUGCUGACAUGCAGAAAGAACAGGAAGGACCCUAGAUCCUUGAUCAUCACUUUCUCCUUUGAUGGAAAGACUUUUACUUAUAAUAUGGAAUAAAAUAAUUUUGAGACUGAA